GAGACUUCAAAGUUCCAACGUCUUCCGAACGGCGGACGAAUCGUUCCUGAGAGGAUGAUGUCUACUCAACGCGGUUCCAUAACGCCCGCCUCGUGGACGGAAGCGCACCUGCUACGAGCCGGUCCGUGGGUCCCUACGUUGACGGACAAAGAUCCAUCCCUCGUUAGUGCGAGCGGGCGGUUUUCUACUGUCCUUCUUCGUUCAGUGAGCAAGUAUCGAGUCAGCAGCGGAGAGAGCGAGCAAGGAGGGGCUUCUCAGCGACUUGUCCGCAGUCCUAUCGAUCCGAAGAGUACCGGACGAACCAAAUUCGACAUCUGAUCAACACAGAUCUGGUUUAGCACGGCGAGAGCUUGGAUUAAUGUACCGAGGACGUUACAACAUGAGUCUACGGUCUCCAGGUUAAAUAUGGUAUCCAACAGCUGUCAAAUACUAAGUGAGCAAAAUUCUUGACAGCUUCUACCGAUUGCCAUCGAUGUUCUUUUGGUAUGUAUCGAUGCAGGUAGUCCAAACUCAAGUACUGCUUUCUCAAGAGUGUAGUGAGGUUUCAUACGAUGUCGUCAUAAUGAGCCAGAUGAUGGCUGACACACCUCGUGAUGACAGGCACUUGGUCAUAGAGUAAGACCGUCCUCCUUUGCGUCCACAGUCGUAUAAUGUCGAAGUAGUUACGACAUAUGAAAACACCCUUUCCGAAAAGCAUGAAAUCGGUGUCUUUCCUCUUCCGGAGGCUGCUUGAUAUUAGGUCCGAACGGAUCUCUCUCUAGCACGGGCCUGCCACUCGAAUCUCACGAUCUCGAUACUCAGCAUCGUAUUUGUCG